UACAUGAGACAAACGGAUUACCUUUUCCAGAAGUCCGCCUUUCACUUUUAUUGUAUAUUUUCUCUGUUUACUAUAUCUGAGAGGAGAGAAAGUUCUUUCGUUUUUAGGUAUAUCAAGAAACGGAGCGUUCCAGGCAUAAAAAACCGAAGGAUUCUUCAUUUUUGCCUCAGUCGGUGCUGUGAAAAGCAUUCUUACUCUCUUGGAGCCUAAAGUAUAGCCAUGGAUUAGGUAGCAUAGCAAGACUGUAGCUGUUCCUCAUUCUUGUCUCCUAUGGAUUCAUACUCUCUCCUCCUCGAGAGGAUUCGUGUUCCUCAACCCUCAAUGCAGAGAUAUGCAGUGAUUUCCAUCUUUGAAAAACUCCGAUCUGCUCCGUCAAACAUAGGCGCGAACUCUGAUUCCGGAAGGGAUGCUAUUUCUCAGUGUCUUCACUCCACUUCUGCUGCCGUCGUCGAUCAAUCGGUUCGGGAACUUUGCCGCUUCGUCAAAGAGGGUUACCUUGAGGUUCCCCAUGGUUUACUUGAACUUCAAUCGGCUCUCGACGGUUGCGACUCGCGUUUCGUUAAUGUCUUCGUCAAAGGGUUAGGGUUUCUUGUUCGCUUCGCAUUUCAGAAGAACGAUACGUUGUGGCGGUUGGAUUCUCCGGAGACUCAUCCUUUCGUCAAGGUCGUUUCAUGUCGAACUGAGGUUCAACCGGAGCUUGUACAGCAAGUGCUCUUGUUAAUAGCGCAGAACAAGCGCACGGGACUUGUGAAAGUUUGUAAAUUCUUAAGGCCUUUCUUGAAUUUCUCGAUACUACGGGUAUCUUCAUCUGCUUCAUCGUUUUCGUUCACAAGGCUUUUAGUUUCCUCUAUUGCGUCACUGUCUUGCUCGUUUCCAUUCGAAGCUAUGCCCAUUGUCAAGUUGAUGAUGGAAGGCUUCAAAUAUUUUCCGCGGAAAAAUGCAGAAGAGAUGAAAAAUCUCGUUGACGUUGCUGAAUAUCUGAUGGAUGCAUUUACGGUGAUCUUGAGGCAGGUGGUUGGAACUGGAUCGCAGUUGAUCAAAGAGGCUCAACUAUGCAGCGUCGAACUGUUGGAAACUCUGCUAUCAUUUUAUACUGAUUUCCACAAGCUUUCUGGUGGGAGUGAGCCCAUUUUCAAACUGUCAAAGAGUGUAUUGCUCGUUCAGAAAGAGCUUGGAUUGCCAUACAUACCAGAAUUGUUAUCAGUGAAGAUGUCCUUAUUUCUCAUACUUACUCAGGCAGAAUUUGAACAUGAACAACUCUCUGUGCUGAAACUCGCAGUUUUCUUGUUUAAGUGGAAAAUUGAAAAUGGUACGUCUCAUUUAUUUGUGCUGACCAGCACUCGGUGAAUUUGUUCUAUUUUAGUGUUCUAUUCUCCUCCCCCUUCCUGAAUGGGAACAAGAAUUAGUUAAAGAUACUUUAUGUUAUCUGUAAUCCUCACCACCCCCUUUGCAUGUCAAUAACUAAAAUGAAAAAAAGGGAAUGCCAAUGCAUCUAGAAAUAGGCAAUUGAUUUCUUUCAAUAGGCUUCUGAAUUUAUGAAACCAUAGAUUACAGAGCUUUAUUAAUUUCUUUUUCUAGUUUAAAUUGUCUUGGUUCACAUUGCUGGGAAAGUUUUUAGAAAAGCCUGUUCAUGGUUUUAUUUUAGAGAAUUUCAUUAGUGGCAAUUAUCACAAUUAAGUCACGCCACAUUACUUUGCCAGCUUGGCUAUAGACCGGUUGACUGCUUACAUUUGAUUAAUUGAAAUGAAAGAGAAUUCCUCAUGGUGCUAGUUUGGGGAGGAAUCUGCACGCCACACCAUUGGCGGUGCGGAGAACGGUGUUAGACCAUGAGAGAAAAAAAAAAAAACCUAUGUGAGAGGAAAAAUAGUACCUUGGUGUUGUGGGGAACUUUUUCUUUCAAGUUUAAAUUUACUCUUUUAGACGAAACUCACAGUCAUGUGCUUCUAUGCUGUGCUUUCGCCAGUCUCGUGGUUUGUUUGCUUAAAAAAUUCCCAUCCUUUAUUGUGUUUGAGUAUAGCAUGGAUCUUUCCUCUGCCAUGGCAGUGGGUGCUGUAUCAAUAUAUGAAGAAUUAUGCUGUGAUGCUAUUAUGCUUUUUAUUAAAAAAAAAUUCCUUCUUUUUAGGCCUUAGGAAACAUUUUAUGCUUGCUUCUUGGGGAAUGUAUGGCGACAGAUGGUACUGGGGCAUUUCAUUUUCUGAAAUGUAGCCUUCACCGAGUCCUAUUGAUAUGCCACAGACAUGCCAGCACCUGUGUUGAGAAAACUUGAUUUUGUCCUGUAACUUUGUUUUCAAACAUGACAUAUUUACAUACAAUUCGUUUAAUUUUUGAGGUGCAUCAGUUUAUCUCAAUGCCUUAGUAUAUUCUUGUUUUUCUGAUACUUGUUAAUGUAGUAGUUGUAGUCUAAAACAUUUAUUAUAAUGUAUGUAAUGGAU